AUGGCCUUGGCCAUUGUUGACCCUAAGCCUCUUGCAUUAACUAAUGGUGUUUCUGACAAGGAUGAUUUCUUUAUCCAUACCCCACGGAAAAGCAUUGCUGAUGUGAAGGCUUCAAGACAGGUGGAGAAGUGCGUUGUUAUGUGCACUAUUGCCGGGAUUGAUUCAGACAUGGGGUGGUUCUAUCUGAGCUGCAAGGUUUGUUCAAAGAAAGUGCUCACAGUGCCCAGCGAGUCUGAGGAUGAUGGACUCGAUGUGUUCAAGCACAAUUACUUUUGUGUGAAAUGCAAUCAGCACGACCCCCGACUUAUUCCUAGGUAUAAGUUGCAUGUGGUUGUACUCGAUCAUACAAGUGACACUAAGUUCCUACUGUUUGAUAACCUAGCACUUCAGCUCUUACAUCAGCCUUGCAUUGAGCUGACUGGACCCAUAACCGAUGAGGAGGUUCAAGAACCGUAUCUUUUGCCGGCUGCUAUCAACAAUUUGGUUGGUAAAACCUUUCUCUUCAAGAUACAGAUCGAGCGGGAAAACUAUCUGUACAAGCAUGAAACUUACAAGGUGUUGAAGAUUAUCACUAACACUGAUAUGAUUUCUCAGUUUGACCUGACUCAAUCCCCAACGGGAAGUGAAACUUUCAAAGCUAUUGAUAACAGUAUUGUUUCUGAUGCACCAGAGGGUUCGAUGAUUUUGCGUGGCUGUUCAUCUCAGCAGUCUGACUCAACGAGUCUAACUCCAGCUAAAAGAAUUGGGGCACCGGUUAUCAAUCUGGAUGAAACAUUUGACCAGACUUCUGUUACGCGCACUAAUUGUCCAGUGAAGAUCAAGAAGGAGAAGAAAGAUAAAAGUGGCUAA